GAGAGAGCUGCAGAUUGAAGAGGAGACGAGAGGCGGAGUAAAGAUGGGGUUCAGUCAGAGGCUCGCUGUGUUUCUCCUGGAGUCCGCGGUCCACUCCCUCAGCCGCCGGUCAGCGGUGGAGUCUCCUCGCUAAAGCUCAGCUCGUUUCACCUGCUGGAGGAGCCCCCGCCCUCGGUGAUGUGAUGAAUAAGUUUGAAGUCCUUGGCAUUGUGGGAGAAGGAGCAUAUGGAGUGGUGCUUAAGUGCAGACACAAGGAAACCAAUGAGCUGGUGGCCAUCAAGAAGUUCAAAGACAGUGAAGAAAAUGAGGAGGUCAAAGAGACGACGCUUCGGGAGCUUAAGAUGCUUCGCACGCUGAAGCAGGACAACAUUGUGGAGCUGAAGGAGGCGUUUCGCAGACGGGGGAAACUCUACCUGGUCUUUGAAUAUGUUGAGAGGAAUAUGCUGGAGCUCCUGGAGGAACUGCCCAACGGCGCGCCGCCCGAUAAAGUCCGCAGCUACAUCUACCAACUCAUCAAAGCCAUCAACUGGUGUCACAAGAAUGAGAUCGUACACAGAGAUAUCAAACCAGAGAACCUCCUCAUCAGCUCUGAGGAUGUCCUCAAACUCUGCGACUUCGGAUUUGCUCGUAACCUGUCUGAGGGAACGGAUGCCAACUACACCGAGUACGUGGCCACGAGGUGGUACCGCUCGCCCGAGCUGCUGCUGGGGGCUCCCUAUGGGAAGGCUGUGGACAUGUGGUCUGUGGGAUGCAUCCUGGGAGAGCUGAGUGAUGGACAGCCGCUGUUUCCAGGGGAAAGUGAGAUCGAUCAGCUUUUCACCAUUCAGAAGGUUUUGGGGCCUCUUCCCGCUGAACAGAUGAAGCUCUUCUACAACAACCCUCGAUUUCAUGGGAUCAGGUUUCCCUCAGUUACUCAUCCUCAGACUUUGGAAAGACGGUACCAGGGCAUCUUGAGUGGCUUGAUGUUGGAUCUGAUGAAGAAUCUGUUGCUGCUAAACCCCACCGAGCGCUAUCUGACGGAGCAGAGUUUGAACCAUCCAGCCUUCCAGCCUCUGAGGCAGGUGGAGAGAGAGCGGCCUCCUCCGGCGUCGCCCAACCCACCUCGCUCCUCCAAGAGGAAAACACACCAUCAUGGAGAAAACACGGUUCCUACCAGGAGUCACACGAAGAGUUCAAGCCGACGCUCCAACAGCAAAGAAUGCUCCAGCCUCCCGCGGCACGGGGACCUCCAUCACCUCGGCAAUGAGAAUUUCCUCAACGGCAACAAGCUGCCUCCGUCCAGCCUGAGCCCCACGCUCCACCACAAGGGCCAGUACAUGUCCCAGACCCUCAACCGCUCCCCCUCGUCCAACAAAGACCUGGCCAACAACAACCUGCCGCAUCUCCUCAGUCCCAAAGAAGCCAAAAGCAAAGAGUUUGAUUUCACUUUGGGACCCUCCGCAAAACUGUCUGAGCAGGGACACGGGGGGAAGUACGGCCACGGCAAGUCUAGCUCCUCGUCUCGCUCUCAGCAGCAGCAGCAGCAGCAGCAGCAGCAGCAGCAGGCCGGCCGCCACACCUUCCUGGAAGGUAAAACCAACACAUUGCAGUCUGGAGGAGAGAAGCAGCACAGCAGACACGCUCACAGUAUGGCCGACUCCGCCCACGGAUCCAUGUCGUCGUCCUCCAAGAGUUCAGCUUCUUAUCUCAGCCUGUCUAAGAGCCACAGCGCGCUGAGCGACGCCAAGUCUGUGGGCAACCUGAGCGACGGCCGGCUCCACCCAGACGACCCCAACGCCAACGCGUCGGGAGUGGUGGGACCGGGGGCGCGCUUCUUUCCUGCCAGCUGUUUGGACCUCAAUGCCCCCCCGGGCCCGCCGGGCCCCCCGGGCAGCCCCUCCGCUCGGCACAGCGAUCGAUCCGGGCACAGCCCCGCCUCCCGUGGCAGCGGCAACCCCCGCAUGGAGAGCAGCACGCUGGAUUCCUCAUCCCGACACAAAUCCAGACAUAAAGCUUUACCGCCAGAAGACGCCGGUGCUCCAGAGCUUUUAGACCCCGGAGGAGCGGGGAUGCCCUCCACCCACACCCUGCCUUCUCCACACGAGUCCUACCAUUACGGCCUGGGCUACACCUCCCCCUUCUCCUCUCAGCAACGGCCUCAGCGCCACUCCAUGUACGUGAGGAGGGAGCGCCACCGGCCGCACGGGGUCGAGGCCGGCAUGGCGGGCCUGCCGGCUCCGGGGCAGGCCAUCCCCACGCGGGCCAGCAGCCUGCAGCUCCUCUCCCCCCAGCUGCAGCACCGCACCACCCUCACCGGACACUCCGUGAGCUCGUCCAGGGAGGACUGCACCGACGACAUGACGAGGAGUGAGCAGCCCCCUAAAGACAUGAGCCAUCCUUGUGCACCCAUCAAAGACUCUACGAGGGACAACACUGCUGCUUUUCAUACACAGCGCUCUAAAAACGAGGUGGGGAUGUAUCACGACCCCCAUAAUGACGAUGGAGCUGCUUCGAAAGAGAACCGGAUGAUCUUUACAGAGUCCAUGCCUCGGAGAGUCGGCAGCUUCUAUAGAGUCCCGUCUCCCAGGCCAGACAACUCCUCUUCCUUCCACGACGGCGUUGGGCAGGGCCGAGUGCCCGGCGUCUCGGGUGUCCCCGGAGACCCCGUCGUCCUGGCUAAUCACUCCAAACGCCAAACUGCUUUCGACUGGACUGCUGCAGAAGCGAUGGUCAUGAACCCCCCGGAGCCCACCAAAGAGAAGGAGAAACAAGGCUUCUUCAGAGCCAUCAAAAAGAAGAAGAAGAAGACACAAAUAACGGACAUGGAGGACGGCAGGAACCCCAGCAUCAAGAAAAGCCUUUUCCCCCUCUUUAGCUCUAAGAAUAGCUUAAAGCACAACUCAGCUGUCAAAGUCCUCCCUGUAGUGGCCUCGCCUAUGGUACAACACCAGCCUCCCGCGCCCUACCCUGCCUCACCAGUCCCGGGGAACGGACAAGAGCACCUGUCCCUUCAGAGGAGCUCCAAAUCGUCCUCUCACCACAGCAGCCGGCGGAAAAACCGGGAGAGGUCCCGCGACAGAGACCGGGACCGGGAACAGAGCCGGGACAGAGACCGAGACCGGGAGAGAGAGCGAGAGCGGGAGAGGGAGAGAGAGAGGGAAAGAGAGAGAGAGCGGGAGAGAGGGAGGGAGAGAGAGAGGGUCAGUGAUUGGCCUCAAGACAAACCAGUGGACUCACACUCGCAGAGCCAGCCGCUCAAAUCACUCCGAAGGCUUCUUCACCUCUCCCCUUCUUCUUCAAACCAAGGACAGCCGCCUCCUCCUCCUCCUCCUCAAGACCUGCGCUUCCAGGCCCCCCUCCCCAACCCCCCUCAGCCCUCCUCCAAAGCAGGCUACCCCGAGGGUCGGGGGCACGGCGAGAGCCGGGGCCACACGGGGGUCAGCGGCUCCGCCCAGUCCAAGAGCCGCAAGCCCAGCUACCCGCUGCCCGGACAGAUCGAGUCCAGCUGGCACGUGUCGGCUCUACAGCGGGCGGAGGGCGCCCAGUUCACCCCCGAGCAGCUGGGCAUCAAACCGGGGCAGAACGGACCCACCUUCACCCGAGCCUCCCGCACCAGGAUGCCAAACCUCAACGACCUGAAGGAGACGGCCCUGUAACACCCUGAAGCCCCGCCGCCGUGCUGGGAGCGCCUGUCAGACGCAGACGCCGUGGUACCGUAGUGAAAGUUUACAUGAGAGUCGAAUUUCACUGGAUCAAGUCCUCAUUCAGACACGCAGUUACUCUGUCUCUGAAACUGGCGAAGACUCAACGACGAAAGGGGGAAACAACA